AUGGACUCCAAAGAAAUCGAAGUCAAGUCGAAAGCGCUGACGAAAGCCACAAACUCAGCGGAGCCACCCUCCACCUUAAUUUCAAUACUUAAAGAUCUCCAGAAUGGCGUUCGACCUACGGAAGAUUUGUUACGUGCGACCAAGAUUGGCAUCACUGUGAACAGGUUAAAGACGCACAAACAUCCUGACGUUGCCAGGCUAGCAAGCGACAUUGUUCAUAAGUGGCGUCACGAAGUUAAUAAACAGAAGACGAGCGGAUCUCCAACUACAAGCCAACGGUCGAGCGAUUCUCCAAAGCAGACUCCUAACGGGGCAGCAACACCGACGCCCGGAGCUGAGGGCUCAGAUAAAAUGUCGAAAUCAACGGUGCCUCCCGAUAAGAGGAGCUGGAAGGCAGAUCAACUUACGAUGGAUCACACCAAGAAUAAGACGCGUGACAGCUGCAUCGGCUUGCUUUACGACGGCUUGUGUUUAAGUUCAACCGAAUCUCCUCGCACCGUGCUUCAAAAGUCCAUUGAGGUCGAAGCAGCUGCAUACAACGCGUUCGGGCCUGAAACCAAGGAUCAAUACCGUACCAAAAUUCGCAGCCUAUACCAAAACCUCAAGAACAAAUCGAACCUGAGCCUUCGUAUGCGUGUUCUCUCAAACGAAAUUACUUCCGAUAAAUUCGUUCGCAUGACACACGACGAACUGAAAUCCGAUGAGCGCCGGGAGGAAGAUCUCAAGAUCCAAAAGGAAAAUAUGGAUAAGGCUAUGGUUGCCAAGGCCGAACGAAGUAUCAGCAAAAGUUUGCAGUGUGGGAAGUGCGGACAGAGAAAGGUCACAUAUACAGAGGCGCAGACGAGAAGUGCUGAUGAACCGAUGACCCUCUUCUGCACUUGCCUUGCUUGUGGGAAAUCAUGGCGUCAAUAG